AAGAGUUUCAUCUCUAAUUGACAGCUAGUUGAGUUAUUAAAUGUGUGUUAGCAGUGAAUUUUUCAAUGGACUGAAAAUUAAAGCUGUUCUGCCUUGACACAAAUACUAUAGCAUAUAGAUUAAUGCAGGCGAAAUGUUUAUGUCGAUCGCCCCUCCGUUGAUGGACUUUGAAGAUGAAUUGUUAUGGAUAAAUCAGGCAAGCAAUCCGAAUGUAUCUGUUUUAUAUGAUAAGUCAAACUAUGUGACGCCAAACACGAAGGUUUUAAUACAACAAGCUUUUAUUCAACCACUAAGUCUCCAAGAUCAACAAAUUCUGUUUGAUGAUUUGCUAAAACAGAAUAGGAAUAUUGCACAUCAAUAUGGAUUAACGCCGUCUAAGUUGCCUCAGCUGGUUGAGAACAAUCCACUAAUAUCAAUUGAAAUCCUGUUAAGGCUUAUGAUAAAUACAGACAUAACUGAAUACCUGGACGUUUUGGUUAAUAUGGAUAUAACAUUACAUUCAUUGGAGGUUGUUAACAGACUAACAACGUCUUGCUCUCUACCGACUGAAUUCAUUCAUUUGUAUAUAAGUAAUUGCAUCUCAAAGUGUGAAACAGUUAAUUUACCAAAAGACAAGUACGUGCAAUCACGAUUUGUUCGUUUGGUAUGCGUCUUUCUUCAAUCUUUGAUUCGAAACAAGAUUAUUAAUGUCAAGGAACUAUUUAUUGAAAUUGAAGCCUUCUGCGUUGGGUUUAGCAAAAUAAAAGAAGCAGCUGCUUUAUAUCGUCUUAUAAAACAUUUGGAAACUGGAGAAACUAAUCUUACUUCAAAUACUCUAACAAAAUAAUUAAUUUUUUGGUUA